GAGAGGGUAAGAAGAAAUAAUGAAAAUUCAGAAGAUUAGGAAGCAGAGAGAGAUGGAGGGAAUUGAAGGAGAUGGCAGUGGAAGGGGUGAGGGAAGCAGCAAAAGAUACAAUCUGAAACCCUCGCGAGUUUCGAACGAAGAUAUUCUGAUUUGCCUGGACGUAGAUCCUCAGUGCCUCGUCGAGAUGAAAGGGGCCACCGGACCCAACGGCAGACCCCUCACCCGAUUGGACUCCGUCAAGCAAGCCAUCAUUCUAUUCGUCAAUGCCAAGCUCACCAUCAACCCCCAACACCGUUUCGCCUUCGCCACUCUCUCCAACACCAUUUCCUGGGUGCGCAAAGACUUCACCUCUGACAUCGACUCAACAAUCGCUGCAAUGCGGAGCAUUUCAGCUUCUUCUUCCGCCGGCCCACCCGAUCUCACCCUUUUGUUCCGAUUGGCCGCUCAUGAAGCCAAGAAAUCCCGUGUGCAGGGUCGCAUCUUUAGAGUUCUUCUGUUCUACUGCAGAUCAUCAGAGCGACCACAGCAUCAGUGGCCGGUGAACCAGAAGGUGUUCACAUUGGAUGUGAUGUACCUUCAUGACAAGCCUGGUCCUGAUAAUUGCCCCCAGGAGGUUUAUGAUACACUGGUGGAGGCACUUGAACAUGUUAGUGAAUAUGAGGGGUUUAUCUUGGAGAGUGGACAGGGUUUGGCACGUGUUCUAUUCCGUCACGUCCUCAUUCUUCUGUCCCAUCCUCAGCAGCGUUGUAUCCAGGAGUAUCUUGACAUUCCAAAGUCAAUUGCAAAGAAGGUUCCUCAGGUGGAGCCUAUGGCCACCGAAGAUACCGCUCCGAUAGCCACCCAAUAAAACAAUGUAAUUCCCUAAUCUCUUUUUACUUCUUUUUUUCAUGUGAAUGUUGAUGUGAUCACAUACCAAAGUUGGAGUCUUUUGUUACUGGGAUUGUUACUAGCAUGAACAAUUUCUGAUUUUGGAUUCAAUUCCCACAACCCACUUUCUUGUUCUCAAAUCUAUCACAAGUGUACUAUAGUUUAGGCAUAGGCCUGGUAAUAUGUAGAGAAGUGUUUUCUAUUUCA